CUACAGUAGUCAACUCCAUCUAUGUACUACACUUUUUACUGUGUGGAUACUCUGGUAAAAUGAAAUGUAUUGUAGCCUAUCAUCAGAAGUAACUAUGGAUGUACGACAAAGAUAGGUUGUCACAGCUAUUGAUUGCCAUAAUAGUAUCCGUUACUAAUGGUCAACUUUAUGGGGAUGUGCUCUGAUGCGCAAAGCAUCAAAUCGGGAUACCUCGAUGAGAUGUUUGAUGCUGGAACAUGGAAGGUGCGCAAUAUUUGGGAUGGGGUAAAGCUGGAGGUUGGCGAGGACGAAAGCCCGGUGGUCCUUAACAGUUUUACACAUUUGGACCCUGACCUACCACUAUUUGAGGUAAGUUGGCGAACUGUUCGUAAAUAAUUAUCCAUCAAUACUGAGCCAGUAUUUUAGGCUUAUGACCUAUAGCUAGUGUGUCACUAAACUGAACAUUUGGUGUGUGAUAGUUGCCUAGUGAUAUGUGUCUUAUUAAAAUCUAUAGAAUUUAGGCCUACUGAAGUUCAUAGUGAUGUUUCAGAGUUUUUAUAUGGUGGUAUCAUGCUCUCCAGAAAUGUGUCCAGAGUGUCCUGUAGCCUACUACCCAUUGCAUAAGGACACAUUUCAGUUCUCUAGGAAGGUCCAAAAGAGUGGAAUAUGUUGGUUUUAACUUACUAUCUGCUGAUGCUCAGUAUUGACCAAAUAGGCAUAUGGGGAAAGUGUAAAGAAGCACAUAAUCUUCAGCACAUAUUAUAAAGUGGGUCGGUUCCUUUAACAGUUGUUAUUCACUGAGAAGUUGCAGCAAAUAAAUCAAUGGGGAUGACUAAUCAAAUUGGUUGGCCUUACAUAAUGCCUCCUUCAAUCACAGGGAAUCAGAUGAGGGCAAGAGCGUAAUUGAUACAGUGACUUUGAAUGUUAGAAAAGUAAAUAAGUGAGUUGAUGUUGGCUUGGCUAUUGGGUUAGUUGUUACAUCAGAUCAAGAAUUGACAGGCAAAACAUUGGUAAUUCUGGGAAAGUGCAUUCUUAUGCACACCCUGUGUGUGUAUGUGUGUGUGUUUUCAGUAAUACCACUGUCUGACAUGUAUAUUUUAAAUAUGUUCAAUAACCUUCUGAAGAAUAAAAGCUGCUUUUAUUUUCACCAAGCUUGUGAAACUAAAGGCUGGAACUCAGACGAUAUGUUAUUAUUAAAGACAGUAUGCUUCCUUCAUUUGUACAUGUCACAUGCUUAGAGAGGGCAAUUCAGGCUCCACUACUACAUCUCUCUCUCUCUCUCUCUCUCUCUCUCUCUCUUUCGCUCCUCUAAUCUAAUAUAAUCCUCUCCAGUAACACAAUUACCUAAUGAUGCAUAGUCAUCUAGCCAAUAUACUGUAGUGAUGAUAAAGUACUGCACUCUAUAGCUAAUUGUUUAUUUAGGGGUAUGAGUUUAUUAGGGCAAUCCAAGAGAUUCAACUGGUGAUAUUGGCACAGAUUCUCAUUGGUAAAAUAUGAAGGACCUGAAGCCUGUUCAGAUCAAAAAGUCUUAUUGUUAAUCAUGCAAAAAUUAAAAUAUUAGGCGUUCGGAAUUUUAAAUGUAUUUCCACAUAUGUGGUUGUGAACAUAUUGGACAUAUUAUUUUGUCAAUCAAAUAUGUCAAUAGCAAAUCAUGCUCUCCCUCUGACUAGUGAAUGACAUACUUUGUUGUUGUUUUGUGUGUGUGUGUGUGUUUGGAAAUGGUCUAUAAAUGUCUUGCUGAUGUUAAGGAGACCUUUGUUUGUUGUAUCUUAUCCUGAAGACUGCAGACUGCAGACUGCAGACGGAAGCUUAACUGAGUCCUGUAACUAGAAACUGGAGGUGGAUUUGUAGAAACAGACACAGAGGAGCUUUUGUUGUUGUAGAUCAUUCAAAUGGAGACAGAAAGAAGAGCGAGGGAUAGAGAGAAAGAGGGAGAGUGAGUGAGAGAGAGGGAGAGGGGCACUGAGGUUUAUGGAGGUUGAAUGAGAGAAACAGACAGUGGUUGGAAUGUUUCGGCCUGAAGCCUGGAAAAUAACUUUAUUCUACAUUUUCGAGACUUAAUAAUACCAAAUAAGUGGUAGUCUCUGACUUACUAGGUUUGUCUGACUACUCAAAGUAUGACUUUACUGGAUACAGCUCCUGAUCUAAAUUCACAUAUAAAAAAGAACUUUCUGAACAUUCAAGUUCUCUCUGGUGCUCACAGGCUGUCUCUUACAUUGUGGCACUCAAAAGAGAAUGUGGAAGUCAAGCAGAUAAUGCACUCUUGCAUUCCUAAUUACUAAAAGCUGAAUCAGUUUACACUUGCAUAACUAAGUUUUGUGCAAAUCAUAAAUUGAUGUCUAUGGGACAUUUUCUGCAAAUUUGCUUGGCGCAGCGGUCUAAGGCACUGCAUCUCAGUGCUUGAGGCGUCACUACAGACCCCCUGGUUCGAUUCCAGGCUGUAUCACAACCGGCCGUGAUUGGGAGUCCCGUAGGGCGGCGCACAAUUGGCCCAGCGUCGUCCGGGUUUGGCCGGUGUAGGCCGUCAUUGUAAAUAAGAAUUUGUUCUUAACUGACUUGCCUAGUUAAAUUAAGGUAAACAAAAAAAAAAAAGUGAUCCUAAGUGGUUCAUGAUCUCAUUGGCAUUCAACAGUCAUUGUGUGUGAGAGGAAGCUGGUGGCCAGUGCUAGAGAGCCACUGUUGGACUGAACUAAUAUUUGUGUUGUGUAUUUGUUUACUCUAUUUUGGAGCAUCUCUUUCUGGUGGGGACUUUCUAUGUCAUUCCCUGAACAGCUGGAGGAGAGGAUGAUUAUUAUCAAACCAGUUGUGGAUUGGCCAGCAGUUUCCAAAUAACCAACACUAUCAACACACUACUGAAAUACAAUUAUGAAAAGUAGAUGGUUAGCAAUGCUAUGUGCAUUUACAUAAGCUGUGAUUGUGCCAUGUGACAUUGUGUAUUCAGGCACAUGUAUAGAACUGAUCAUCUGUCCACUGAUGACUGAAGGAUGGAUGUCUCUGUUGACACUAGCUCAGAGUCCAAAGAUCAAUGCUUUGUUUAUGUGGUCAUUGUGGCUACAGCCUCAGUACAUGCUAUUCAUAAGCCUUCUAACUGACUGAAUCAACAUGUUCCAGAUAGAUUCUUUUUAUGGAUGGGAUGUACAGUACGUAGAUGAGACCAUUAAUAUGCCCACUCAUUGUUGACAUGCUUUGACAGAGGAAGUUCCCCAUAGAAGUUUUCAUUCUGAUGCAGUCUGAUGGAACCCAUUCAAAUGUUGCAGUUGUUGUGGUUACGGAGAGGUCCUCAGUCAGUCCAUUACAGGCUAGUUUUAUAUUCCUUCGUUUUUGACUGACUUUCCAGUUAGAUUUCGCUUUCUGAUAAACUGCAUGACUUGUUUGACUUUAGUUCUUCCUCAUGUGAGGCUCCUUUCCUUUCUUCCCUAUAGGGAUUUCCCACUAUUGUCUAGUAUCUCGUGUAAUCAUCACUCUCUUAUGACAGCGCAGUACCUGUUUGUCAGUCUUUUGGUUUUUAUUUUCAUAAUAAGGAUUUAUUUAUUAGAAUGUAUGAUGCCACUCUAUUAGUGUGUGCUCAAGUACAACACUUGAUAAACCAACUUAAGAAGUAACACUUAAUAAAACAUAUACUCAAGUAGGCCUAUCAACACUUGAUAAAAUCAACUUAAUAUCCAAAACGUAAUAAAAAAUCAACUCAAGUAGCCUUUCAACACUUGAUAAAAUCAUCAUAUGAACGAGUCGAGUACUCACAAAAUAUUAACCAGAAUAAUACAAGUCUGUCAACAAGAUGGUGACAAAGGUCUUUCUUAGUUUACCUGAAUCAAAUGUUGUAUAGUGUGUGUGUGUGUGUGUGUGUGUGUGUGUGUGUGUGUGUCGGUGUCUAUUCUUCUGUUAGAACUACAGACACGUGGAAUUAAGACCAUGAAAGGCAUACUACUAUUGUGUAUGUGUUACCAGGGCUCCCAAUGCCACCUCUGUUGGAUGACUAAGCUAUGAGUCAGGCAGAGAGGGGAUAUGACUGGUCAAGGCUUAAUGGGGGAAGCCGUUCUCGCUUGUAUGUCCGUUUCCUGGCCCUACUUAUGCCCUGUUACUUUGGGUAUUUGGGAGUUCCCCUUGGUGUCCAUGGUAACCUGGUCUCUGAAAGCCUCUGAGAGUUCCCUGACUUUCCACAGUUGUAAAUAGGUCCUGUGUGGCACGGCCAGACCACAGGCUGCCACAGGUCAUCACUGUAUACAUUCACAUACAGUCCAAAUGGUAUCUGUAACCCUUUAAUCUAUAUAUAAUCUUAUAUAUAAAUAUACUUUUUUAAAUUAAAGACCUAGUGAAUCUGAAUAGGUCUGAUUUAAGUUGUCUUAGGCCUUGGUCCAUUAACAUAGAGAGAGAAAGGUUGUCCUUAUGUCAAGAGCAGGGCUGUGUUCCAUUGGGUUUAGAUUGAUAGGCCAGCAGUGUCUGUGUGCUCAGCUGAUAAGGGCUACUCUCACUGUCAAGUCCAAGGCCUGUGUGCUCAGCGCCUGCUUUCAAACACAGCCAUACAAACACGUUACAAAUGAUUUAUAACCACGUACAGUAAACUCCUCUGUUCAAAAAUAGAUUGCAUCAGUGUUAGUAAUAUAGCACUGGAACUGCAUUCGAAUCUCUGCUCAGCUCCAUGGAAACCAAGCAAAACAGAGUGGCUGUGUGAUUGAAGGUGAGAGAGUACAUAGAGUAGGCUAUGACUAACAGGAAAUGUAUGAGGGAGGUGCUGCUAUAUAUCUAGCUACCGAAAGGUUCUGAUGAAUAAUGUGCUAGAGAUACAUAAGUAGGUGUAUGACUGAUGCCUGUGUGAUGCUUGAUUAGUGUACAUACCACUCCCCCACUGAGGAAGCCGCAAAGUAAUCAAACCGAUGUUGUCUUUGCUAUCUGGGUAAAGUGCCUGGGAUGCUCACUGUAAAGUCCUUGAAUGUACCAUUACUGUCCACAUCAUUCUGCGUUGGAGAGCUGGAGAAAAAAUGAAUGGUGACAACAACCAACAACUGUUUGGUACAGAGCUCUCUUUCAUUGAGCAAGCAGCUUGUGUUAAUUCCUUGUUUGUAAAGCAUGGGCUUUAGCCUGUGUUGUUGGGCUGUGUAUCUAGCAACCUCUGUUUGAUGCAACAGUAUUGUUAUUCAUAGCCACACAUGUAGGGAGGGAGGGAGGGCCCGAUCUUUGUAAAUGUAUUUCUGACAGACCAUCACAUCUCUUUGUCUUGUUGUUCCCGUAGAACUCGACACAGGAGAUCGGAGAGGAGGUGGAGGAGGGGGCAGUGUUCACCAUCACCCUGAGGAAGGUGCAGUUGCACCAGUCGGCCAGUAAGGGACAGCGAUGGCUGGGCGUGGAGACAGACUCUGCUCUCAGCCUGUAUGAGACGUGUAAAGUACGCACCAUAAAGGCUGGUACGCUGGAGAGGCUGGUGGAAUACAUGGUGUCUGCGUUCAGGGGCAAGGACUCCACCUACGUCACCAUCUUCCUCUGCACCUACCGCUCCUUCGCCACCACCAAGCAGGUGCUGGACCUCCUACUCAACAGGUACAGAGACGGCCAUGAAGCUAAAACCACACGUACAUGUGUACACACAUAACCACAUACAUAUAAAAACACACUAUGCACAGUGUAAUGUUGACAGAUGUGUCCUUCAUGUCUUAGGUAUGCCAAGCUACAGAACCAACCUGGGAUAGAUGUACACAGACACACUCAGGAUGACAGCACAGAGCUCAGAAAGUAAGUGUCUGGGGAGACCAGCAUUAUCAAACAUUUUGAUAUGUUCAUUUUUUGUGCACAGUGUACACACGUACUGUACAAUACACUCUUCCCUCUCUGUCAUCUGCACGUCUCCUCAUUCCCUGCCUCUUCCCUCUCUGUCAUCUGCACGUCUCCUCAUUCCCUGCCUCUUCCCUCUGGGUUGUGUCCUGCAGCACUGUGUCGUCCAUCCUGGGGGCGUGGCUGGACCAGUACUCAGAGGACUUCUGGAGCCCUCCACAAUAUAGCUGUCUACACCACCUGAUGUCCUACCUACACCACCACUUCCCUGGCUCCGACCUGGAGCGCCGCGCACGCAACCUGCUGGCCCUCUUACACCGCAGGCAGCAGUGUGAGCCCGACCUCGACGGUGAGAGCCAGGAUAGGGUUAAACUGGUGCUUGUCUGUGUCUCAGCGAUAUCAGACAUGAUGGGGAUGCUGUUGAACUAUAGACAGUCAUUUAGGCAGUCUGAUUAUUAGCUCAUCUGUGUUUUCUUUACAGUGGAGCACAUUGGCUGUCCCUUCGCCACACCGGAAGAGAGUGUCUUUGAGGACGAGCUUCCUGCCCUGAACUUCUUGUCCUUUGACCCCAUCAUGGUUGCCGAGCAGUUCACACUCAUGGAUGCGGUGAGACAUUCUCCCCUCAAUUUCAACUCAAUUUCAAGUAACUUCAAUUUCAACUGCUCUUGCUUUGUGCUUUGUGCUCACCCUUACUCACCCUUACACACUAACACACUCCCCUGACCUCACCCUGUAGGAUCUGUUCAAGAAGGUAGUCCCUUACCACUGCCUGGGGGGCAUCUGGUCCCAGCGGGAUAAGAAGGGGAAGGAGCACCUGGCCCCCACCAUUCGGGCCACAGUGGCCCAGUUCAACUGUGUCACCAACUGUGUCAUCACCACCUGCCUGAGCAACCCCUGUCUAAAACCCACCCAGCGAGCCAGACUGGUGGAGCGCUGGAUAGAGGUGGCCAGGGUAAGGCAUCAGAUCCACUCUCUGGGUCAAUCACUCAGCAGUUAGUGUCAGUUGUGGAUGAUUGGUCAUGCUGUUUUUCUCACUCUAUGGGUUCUUUCUGCUGUGUUCAGGAAUGUCGUAUCCUCAAGAACUUCUCAUCCCUGCGAGCUAUUCUCUCUGCCCUGCAGUGUAACUCUCUCCACCGACUCAAGAGGACCUGGGAUGAGGUGUCCAGGUGAGACAGGGGAUCAGUGACUGAGGCUUGGGUUUGGAGGGUUUACUAUUGGAUUAUACAUUGGACCAGGGAGUUUUCAUGGCCAGGUUUCGUGUUCAAGAAAAACAUAAUUAGUGUUCAAGAAAAACAGAAUUAGUGACAUGGGUCUUUGGUUGGGUUGAUGGUUGAAGCUAAGAUUUCAUUGUUAUUUGGAGGGCUUUUGCAGUGGUGGUUUAUGUUUGUCUUUGCCACUUUUGAACUUUUGACCUCAUUCUGCCAACAGAGAGAAUUUCCGCACCUUCCGCGAGCUGUCAGAGAUCUUCUCAGAUGACAAUAACUACUCUCUAAGCCGAGAGCUGCUGGUCAAGGUGGGUCAAUGAUCAGAGGGAAAAACCAUACUCCUGAAUGUAACUUACAGGAGGCUGGAAUCUUUGUAAUGGGUUUGUACAAACUACUGUGGGCUGUUGUGUAUGUGGUACAGUGUGUCUGUGUUUGUGUAGACCUUUUCCUCCUGCCCCAUAUGUGUAAGUGGAUGUGGAGACAAUAGUUGGUACAAAUUACCUACAUGUCUACAUGUUGUCCCUCAUGUUACUCUAGGUGAAAAUGUGCCUGUGUUCGUUUAGGCUUUUUCCACCUGCCUCUUAUACUGAAUGUGUUAAACUGGAUAUAGAGACCAUUGUGCGCAUAAUUGACCUGAAUGUUACUCAGCAGCUAAUAGAUAUUUAAGACAUUAACUGCAUUUGAAAACAGGAAGUGCGUAUCUGAAAAGUUUAUUUGAAAACUAGUUACUGCUCUAUUGACUCUCCUCUCUAUCUCUACAGCUGGGUCUCCAUAGCAACCUGAACAUAAAUAGACAAACUAGCUAACACCUUGUCUCCUCUCAGCUGCUAGCUCAUUUAUCAUUCAUCAUGAGUUGUACAUCACAGUAUAGAAUCUUACCUUCUAGUGUUCUCUCUAAAAUGUAUGUGAUCCACCAGUGCAAGUAUCAGUGUGUGUAUGUGUGUUUUGAGAGGACUUGAGAUGCGUAACCGCAUGCCUGUUGAAGUGUGUCACCAGCGAUGUAGGCUGUGGCAGUAGUCAUGAAUAUUAUACUCUUUCAACAUGAAGCUCAGUGCCUCUGUCAGGACUAGAGGCAGAUCAGAUUCGCUUUGAUUAAGACCACAUAGGAUUAGAUAGCAGACAACAUGUUCAGUUAUAUCUGAUUCCUCCAAGAGAAACAUUUAGUCUGCUCACCUGAAUACAUUCCUGCACAAAGAAAUAGGAAGUGCCCUCGCCAUUGUUAUGCCAAUUUUGCAUAAGUUACUCUUUAACUUGCAGCAUAUUCUUUCACUGGUGAAAUAGUGAAUUUGCUUUGCUGUCAUACAAAACAAUUAUGAUUGCAAAAAGCAGAGGGUUUCUCCAAGAGGUAUGGCUAUCCACAUUCCUAGGCUAUUAGACAGGUAUUUGAAUUGACCCUAACAUUGAAGCUUAGGGUUCUUGGCUGUGAGUUGAGGGAGGAAACCUGUGCUUGCUCAGAGGGAAUCCCUGUUGAUGUCAUAGGCAGUUGGCAGGUACAGAAAAGAGCCCCACCCUGAUGAGGCAUGAGCCUGUAAGGGAAAUUCCAAGGUGUUGUCCCACUUACCUCCUUUCCUACUUUCCACUAUUGCUUUAUCUAUCUGGGCCAGCCCAACCAGGCCUGUGUAGCAUUGCAAGCUCCGGUUAGGUUGGGUGAAGAAUCCCCCUGAUUUGUAUCAUUCACAGAAACACUAGAGCUAACUAAGCUGUAACCCUUCCUCUCAUUCAUAAAUUAGUGAAUUAGUUCAGUCCUGUAUGUCUACUCUUCUGAAAUUGUAAUCAUGGCCAUUACCAGUUGUUUCCAUUUAGUUUUUGCACUGUUCUAGGCACAGUUUUGUAAAACCAGAUUCUCCUCUCUCUCUCUCUGUAGGAGGGCACAUCCAAAUUUGCCACCCUGGAAAUCAACCCUAAACGAGCACAGAGGAGACACCAACAGCAGAGAGACUUGGUGAGUCUAGAUCUUUUUGGAGUUAAUUAAUUUAUCAUGAAAUGCCAACUUCAACCACUUUAUGCCAGCUAUAUUUGAGUGCUGUUAUUGGGUUCGUAGUGCCAUCUAGUGGUGAAAUGAGAGCAUUGUUAUUGCUCAUGGAGCCUGUGGUCACUGCACUCUCAUCAAACCUCUCUCUGACUAUGCCUCUGUCAUAGGGGGUGAUGCAGGGGACCAUUCCUUACCUGGGCACCUUCCUCACUGACCUGGUCAUGAUGGACACGGCUAUGAAAGACUACACAGAGGUGAGCGUCUAUCGCUAUCUAUCUCUGGAUCCAGUAGCCACUUCAGUCUACUUGUUUAGUCUCUCUGUUCACAUCUAAUUGUUCUUUGUUCUCUAUUCCAGAGUGGACUCAUCAACUUUGAGAAGCGACGAAAGGUAAAUUCUUGCUUCUGAUAAAUAGGCGUUGAUAAACAGGGAGACAUCGCCGGCAUUGUGGCUAUUGCCUAUCAGAGGUGACUGGCUGGAGACUCACCCCGCCCCCUCUCUCUCUUUCUCUAUGCAGGAGUUUGAGGUGAUAGCUCAGAUUAAGCUACUGCAGCUGGCAUCCAACAACUACAGUUUCACCCAGGACAGUCUCUUCAGGGAGUGGUUCUCAGGAGUGGAGAGACUCAGUGAGGCAGAGAGGUGAGGAGGCCUAAAGAUUUUUAUGAAAUGUAAAUGAAAAUAAUGAAAUGUAUAUGGGCAUAGUGUUGUCAUUUCCAUGCAUUUUGCCCACAGCUACACUCUGUCCUGUGAGAUUGAACCACUGUCAGAGUCAUCCAGCAAUACUAUCAGAGCCAAGAAAAACGGAGGCAUCAUGAAACGCUGGAGCGAGUAAGUCCCAUAUUGUAUAGAUAACUUUUCACACUAUGCCUAUGUUUAUUAUAGUUGCAAAUUAAUAAUAAUGACAUUUUUAUUUUGAGCAUACAUCCUUACUUGGUGUUUUCCAUUGUACAGUUCAUUAUAUUUUAUGGGGCCCUGUUCUCAUACGUCUCCAUGUGUUUUCCUCUGUCUCCAGUCGGCAGUUAACUGAAGCCAGCUGCAGCAGUGCAGGAAGCUCCCACUCCAAGUUGUUUGACCAGUCCCACUUCAGACCGUACCAGGGAGGGGGAGGUGAUAGUGGGGACACCCUCAGCGUCACCUCAGCCGGCUCCAGCGGAUCUGACCUGGAGGAUGUCAACGGCAGCUUCCUGUCUGACUCACCGGAUGCCCACGAGAGAAAGGUGAGAAGGAGGAGGGGCCAAGGUCACAUGGGGGAGGAGAACACUCCCACCAGAUGCAGAGGCAUCUCAUCAUGAUUCAUGCCACACACAUCCACCUUGAUUUUCUUUCUUCCUGAGAUACUGAAAUUCCAGCAUCACUGCAACAAUUUCAGCCCUGACAUUUCCAUGUCUUUGAAUUCAUCUUCUGUAAGGGCCAUGUUGAGGAUAAGGGCUAUGUGAUACGGGCCAUGUGACUUGACACUGACCCAUGUACUUACUUUACCUGUCUGACUUUUGGCUGAUUGUGGCUCUGAUUCCCUCUAUAGACCUCUACAUCCUCAGUAAAACAUUCCGUUUCUGCUUUGGGGAAAGAAAGCCAGACUCCUGAUCCCAACUCCACGGUACUUUCACUCACCAGCCUUCUCUUUCCAACUCUCUCAUCACAGGGGUUUUUUCUUCUGUUCUAACCUCCUCUCUCACUACUUUCCAUCUACCAGUCCCAGAAUAUCACUGUGAUUCUUACACUAAUGCUGCACUCUCAUCAUAUUACAAACAGUUUCUCAUCCUCAUAUUCAUACUUAUGAGUCUCAUUUACUGUCAUAUUCCACAUUCUAUUUGUUUAUAGCAGCAACAGAAGUUUGUUCUGUGGACUGUAAAUGGUUGUAAUCAGUCUCUCUCUAUCUCUCUCUGUCUCUCUCGCUCUAGUUUUGGGAGUCCACCUCCCUGUCUUCUCUAGACACCUCAGGGAUGGGUUCUGGUUCGGGCUCCAGCAGCGCCUCGUCCUCCUCUGUGUCCUCCUCCACUCCUCUCCCAGGUGCCUCCCGCUCCCACAAGCGCUCCGUCUCAGCUGUGUCCUGCUACUCCACACUCUCCCUGCCCCUCUACAACCAGCAGGUGGAUGACUGCUGCAUCAUCAGAGUCAGCCUAGACGUGGACAACGGCAACAUGUACAAGAGCAUCCUGGUAAGACAGAGGGAUAGAUUGAUAGAUUCAAAAUGUAAAUUGUUAGCAGUGGACGGUUGAUUCAAUUAACAAUGUCUGAGCUAAAAACAAAAAAACGUAUUUUGCUUCUUCUGGUGCAGGUGACCAGUCAGGACAAGACACCAGCAGUCAUCAGGAAAGCCAUGGUGAAACACAACCUGGAGCGAGAGAAAACAGAGGACUAUGAAUUGAUGCAAAAAAUCUCUGAAGAAAAAGGUAAUAUCAUAUGAUAAUUUCCCCCCAAAAUAUAAAUCUAAUUAUCGUUCAAAUAGAUUGUUGUUAAUAGUAUAUUCAUUUUUUGUUGACUCACUCUAAUCCAUUCAUCUUGUAUAGUGUCGUGACAUGACUUUCAUUAAUAUGAUGACUGUUAUUUAUCGAAUCAACUAACUAUGUUUAAUUGUUACUCAAUUAAAUUAAUCAUGUAACAAUUAACUCAUUAGGAUUUGGGGCACUACGGAAUAAAUUGUUUAUAGAGUUACCAUCUACCGAAUUAAACUCUAAAAGGUCUUUACCUAUCAAUAUGUAUAAAUCAUUCAACGUAUCAAUCAUUACCUCUUAUCAGUCUCAUUCUGAACGGUCACAGAAUUCUUGGAUCCGCAAGAACCCCAGCUUUACUUAUGAUUCAGCACUACACAAAUUGGCUUAAUUAUGUAUUUACUAGCUAACUAAAUAAUAACACAGAAUACAUACAUAAUACAUGAGAAAAAGUCCCUAGUGGACUAACAGCAUGACUGCUUGAUUAUCAAAAGAGGGAGGGGUAAGGAAGAGAGAGGGAGGGGGAGAGGGAGAGACAAAGAGAGAGUCAACUUAUCGUUGAUACAUUUGGAAGCUACCCUCAAAGUAAUCAUAAUACUUUGCUCACAAACCACCGCCCGUUUGGGUAAGAAGUCAUUAAUGUAUUUACGUGUAGAUGUCUUUGUUCGUCGUCUCUCCGUUGAAACCAAUCAAUCCUUCUUUGGGAAGGAGUAGGUUUUAGUGUCCAGUUUCGGUGUAAGGCUCUGCUUGUCCACCAGAGGUCACAAUGUCCUUCUUAGUUGUCCUGGCUUGGAGUGGAGUGUUAAAAUAGAACAGAUACUCAGAUGCAUUCUAAUGAUUGUAUGAGAUUGGAUUUUCUUCUUCCUACCUCAUGUGGUUAGUCAAAGUUCUAGAUCCCUUUACACGGACAGCUGCAGACUGGCAAUGUUCUGGUCUAGUGAGUUUAUCUUCUUCACCUAGUGUUGAGAUUCAAAGUUCUAACAUUUACAUUACAUUUACGUCAUUUAGCGGACACUCUUAUCCAGAGCGACUUACAAAUAGGUGCAUUCACCUUAUAGCCAGUGGGAUAACCACUUUACAAUUUUAUUUUAUUUUAUUUAUUAUUUUUUUUUUUUGGGGGGGUGGGUUGGGGUAAGGGGGGGGUAGAAUGAUUACUUUAUCCUAUCCCAGGUAUUCCUUAAAGAGGUGGGGUUUCAAAUGUCUCCGGAAGGUGGUGAGUGACUCCGCUGUCCUGGCGUCGUGAGGGAGCUUGUUUCACCAUUGGGGUGCCAGAGCAGCGAACAGUUUUGACUGGGCUGAGCGGGAACUAUGCUUCCGCAGAGGUAGGGGAGCCAGCAGGCCAGAGGUGGAUGAACGCAAUGCCCUCGUUUGGGUGUAGGGACUGAUCAGAGCCUGAAGGUACGGAGGUGCCGUUCCCCUCACAGCUCCGUAGGCAAGCACCAUGGUCUUGUAGCAGAUGCGAGCUUCAACUGGAAGCCAGUGGAGUGUGCGGAGGAGCGGGGUGACGUGAGAGAACUUGGGAAGGUUGAACACCAGACGGGCUGCGGCAUUCUGGAUGAGUUGUAGGGGUUUAAUGGCACAGGCAGGGAGCCCAGCCAACAGCGAGUUGCAGUAAUCCAGACGGGAGAUGACAAGUGCCUGGAUUAGGACCUGUGCCGCUUCCUGUGUAAGGCAGGGUCGUACUCUCCGAAUGUUGUAGAGCAUGAACCUACAGGAUCGGGUCACCGCCUUGAUGUUAGCGGAGAACGACAGGGUGUUGUCCAGGGUCACGCCAAGGCUCUUCGCACUCUGGGAGGAGGACACAACGGAGUUGUCAACCGUGAUGGCGAGAUCAUGGAACAGGCAGUCCUUCCCCGGGAGGAAGAGCAGCUCCGUCUUGCCAAGGUUCAGCUUGAGGUGGUGAUCCGUCAUCCAUACUGAUAUGUCUGCCAGACAUGCAGAGAUGCGAUUCGCCACCUGGUUAUCAGAAGGGGGAAAGGAGAAAAUGAGUUGUGUGUCGUCAGCGUAGCAAUGAUAGGAGAGGCCAUGUGAGGAUAUGACAGAGCCAAGUGACUUGGUGUAUAGCGAGAAUAGGACUACCGUCUCCAUGUUCUCUGGUCUAAUGUACAUUUCGUUACCAAGGCUUUUUAUGCACUCUGGUAAAAGGGGUGUUCCUACUUGCUGACACGGUCUCUGAGCUCACUCGGGGUGUGUCUAAUCACCAUGCAUAACUUAUAUGAAAACGUAUGAUCUCGUUAGAAAACUACAAUCAUAUUCCUAGCUUAACAAAAAUACUCUCGUAAUUCUCCAUAUUAUAUACACAACAUAUUGGAUGUAAAUUUGACAGAUAAAGUGUGUAUACUUUCCAAAUUACAGUAUUUUCGUUAUAACAUUUUUAAUGACAUCACAAAAUAAUAAACAAUAUGACAUGAUUAGUCUUUAGAUCCCGACUGAUCAUUCCAAACAUUCAGAUGUUAGGAAUAUUGUUCCAGUGUUUACUUUUUGGACGUUAUAGUUUUGGCUGCAAAAGUCUUCUGGGGGACAAAGCACAUUCCUUUCACCAUACUAGAGGGCCAGAGAUAGAUUCUACUACUCUCUAAUUUAUGGAAGAGUGUUAAGGUGUCAAGACCGGCACAGCCCCCCCCCCCCCACCCUCUUCUGUGGGUAAGAGGGUCUGGUUGUUGUCAGCCAUUUGCCAAGCUGAUCUGAGACCUUUGAUCCUCACCCAGGAGUCAUGACAAAAGUGUCCUAAUUUAUUCAUUACUUAAAUGAAAAACUAAUGUUUUUACUAACAAUAUAUACCUCUCCUCUCACCACAGAGCUGCGGAUCCCAGACAAUGCCAACGUUUUCUAUGCCAUGAACUCUACCGCCAACUAUGACUUUGUGCUGAAGAAACGUGGCUUGUCCAAGAAAGGCCGGGCCAAGAGUGUAGCCAGCUCCACGCUGCCCCGCAUGAAGCAGAAGGGCCUGAAAAUCGCCAAAGGGAUCUUCUGA